CACGCCCACCGGCCCCGCCCACCCAUAGUGCGUCCCGGGCUGCAGCGCCGCGAGUAGCAGAAACGGGAGCAGUGCAGCCAAGCUGACCGAGAGCAGAACCCAUCACCGGCACUUCAUCCAGACGGCAUGGCGGACCGGGAGCAGCUGCUCCAGAGAGCCCGUUUGGCGGAACAGGCUGAGAGAUACGAGGAUAUGGCGGCAGCGAUGAGAUCGGUUACAGAACUUAAUGAGCCAUUAUCUAAUGAAGACCGGAACCUGCUGUCUGUAGCCUACAAGAAUGUAGUGGGUGCACGAAGAUCUUCAUGGCGAGUUAUUAGCAGCAUUGAGCAGAAGACCCUGGCUGAUGGCAAUGAGAAGAAGCUGGAGAAGGUGAAAGCAUACAGGGAGAAGAUUGAGGCAGAACUGGAGGGAGUAUGUAGUGAAGUGCUGUCCCUGCUUGACAAGUUCCUCAUCAAGAAUUGCAAUGACUUCCAGUAUGAGAGCAAAGUUUUCUACCUGAAAAUGAAGGGGGAUUACUACCGUUAUCUCUCUGAAGUGGGCUCUGGUGAUAGGAAGCGGAGUGUGACCGAGUCGUCCGAAGCUGCGUACAAGGAGGCCUUUGAGAUCAGCAAGGAACACAUGCAGCCGACACACCCUAUUCGUCUGGGCCUGGCCCUCAAUUUUUCAGUCUUCUAUUAUGAGAUACAAGGUAAUCCUGAACAGGCUUGCCUCCUCGCCAAGCAGGCCUUUGAUGAUGCUAUCGCAGAGCUGGACACGCUAAACGAGGAUUCCUACAAGGACUCCACCCUCAUCAUGCAGCUCCUGCGUGAUAAUUUGACCUUGUGGACAAGUGACCAGCAAGAUGAAGAGACCGGAGAAGGCAACAAUUAAAGAGGGUUUUGCGUCUUGCUACAGCCCAUUACCUACCCGCUCCCCUCCAUCACAUGCCACCCCCCAUUGCUACCCUUGACAUGUCCCUGUGCUUAUCAUAUCCGUAUCAUUGGCACAACUGCUCAUACUGCUGCGUGCCCGGGGAGACGGGUUCUCGUGGCGUCCUCUUGGGCAUUGCUGGAUUGCGUUGGUGCAUCAGCCGUUUCUCGGGUUGCCCACGCAUUGUUCAGGGGAUUGGGAAGCUGCAGUUUUCAGAGAGGCGCCCACGCUCUCCUUACCGAUAGGGCACGUACGGGCUGGAACGAUGCAAAGUGGUCCCGUUUUAUUUCGUAAAGAAACUGGUUUUAGUUUCCAUUUGUGCAGCAUUCCCUGUGCAUGUAACUGACUCCCCACUUCCUUUCUUUCCAUGAAGGAGGCACCACACAGUUCAGACUGUGAUUGGCUGCAGAUCCCACAAUGGGGAAUGGAGGUCCACCUGUUUUUGUUAGCUAACAAUAGACGUUUUUAAAUGUGAGCCUUGUGAAGUUUAUAUUUGCCCUUUUAACUUAUGGCAUGAUAAUUCUGCACCUCUUAUGAGUUUGAAUGCCCUAAAUGUAUCUGAGGUUUUUUUUUUUUGUUUUUUUUUUUUUUUUUUUAUUCUAAUCCAUUUUAAUUCUGGUAAAUUUUUCAAGGGCCUCAUUAUUUGGUUGUAAGCCUUGUGUGAGCCAGCCCUCGGGGCUGAUUGCAUCUGCACAGUGUGUAUAAGCCUGUUAUGAUGGAUGCCAAUAAAAUGCCAGACACCGAAUAUAAAUGUGUUGGAAUUACGUGGAUGAAAUAAAUGCUGCUUUGAGGAUAAUAUA